AUGGGGAAGAACAACAAAUCAUCCAAGAGUGAUUGGAAGGACAUGAGCUAUGACGUGUUGUUGAGAAUCUUCAUGACCCUCAAUGUGGUGGAUUUCGCUGCUGUUUCCUUAGUGUGCAGCUCCUGGCGAGAUGUUUGCCAAGACGCUUUGUUUUGGGAUGGAAAAGUGUUAGAUCUUACCAAGUGGAAAGAUCCACGAUUGUCCAAUUUAAGUUCAAGGCUAAUUUCACUCCUCAAGUGCCUUCUAAAUCUCAGCAGCGGCCGAGUGGACUGUCUUAUAUUCAAGUUUCAAAUAUAUCUCGACGAUCGGGAAUUCAAUAAUAUUGCUAAAAAAAGCCUUAAUCUGAAACGGCUAGUUCUGCCUGCGUGGUUCCCAGAUCUCUCAAAAAAGGGAAUCGACCAAGCCAUGCAGCAAUGGGAAGGGCUAGAGUCCUUGACGAUCACUAACAAUUAUCUAGCUCCUCAUUUCCUGGAAAGCAUAGGCAAAUACUGCAACAACCUGCGCGAGCUAAAGCUGACUUGCCAUCUGACCAUUAAGAUUGCGAGAAUACUGACGAAGAACGUGCCCAACCUGAAAGUAUUGAGCCUUCAAUCCGUGAGGGUGAACAAGAAUGCUUUGCUUCACGUGGUGAAGAAGUUGAAGGAGUUGAAGGUUCUGAAUCUGACGCACAGUUUCGUGGUUUCGGGGAAUCGUACAGAAAACAUGGUGGUGUACCCAAAACAUGUGGUUCAGAGUAUGAUGGAGAACAUGCCUAGAAAGCCAAGGUUUCUGAAGUGUAAAGGCUUCUGUGUUAAGUGUCAAGAAGUGUUUAUUUGGAAUAUGAUGAACAAGUGGAAGGAACCCAAGGAGAUAGUUUGGCGCAACGAUAAGAUACCUUCGCUUCGAGUUUGA